AUGCAACGUGUACUUGGACGUAGCCGAUUGGACGAUGCCGUUCGUGCGACACUGACAUUAUUCACUCUCUCCACUGAACAUCGACCGGUGUUCCUCAUUUCCAGAACACCUCCAACAAUGGGUGACGAUCCUUGCGAAUGUCUUUUCAAUCAUGAGGCUGCCAUGAGACGACUGCUCUCAUUGCUUCGCGAUACUCAGGACUAUUGCACGGAUUCAGAGUGUUUAACCGAUGGUGGUCCUACUGCAAUCGCCACAAAUUCAAUUUUGCUAUGGACAAUGUUGUGGGGAUUUUUGGCUUUAGUUUUAUUCUUUCUUCGUCCGAACUCGAUGCGGUCGAAUGGGCAAGGACUCGGCAAGCCUGGACCUAGUAACGAUCGUCGUGACAAUCAACCUCCUCCGCCUGGAGUUAUGUAA